GACACAGAGGAGAUGGGGUUAGGGACAGCGACCACCAGGCCUGGCAUUCCGUCCUUCCGAGAAAGGACCAGGGCUGGGCCCAGAGUUGGAGGGGGACCACUUGAGUCCCACCAACGAGCUUCCUUCCCCAGGUGACAAAGAGAAAAAGAGAAUUCAGGAUGCCUGGGAAAUAAGAGAGUGACUGGGGCUUCUCCCACGCCCCUGGAACGUAUCCUGAGUCCACAAUCACUGCUCAUAGUAGCCAGGUCCUCGGCUGAGAACACAGAGGAGUCUGGCCUCUACACCAAACAAGCUUCCUGCCUCAUCACCCUCUAAAGCAGCUAAAAUGUUACGCACCCAAUGAUUGCCCUCAGCUAUUUCCUUCCUUGUACCCAUCACUAUAUGCAGUCAAUUCCAAUUUCUAUUUUUCAUGGCAAGGAUUCUCCCCUACUCAUCCCAGCCUUCACCACCUGCUGCUCCCUUAAUAUGCUCAUUCCUUUGUUCAUCCCUUCUCUCUGCUGCAUCAGCACUUCUGCUACACUGCUGUCCCCUUAGCAAUUUAAACUGAAGGCAUAUGACUAGGAACAUUGUCAAGACACCUUCUCUGAAUGUGCUGAGAUCCCCUCCCCAUUACCUGUGGGUUAAGGGGUACCCUGAGCUGGCUCUGGGGGAAGGGGGAUCUGGCACCUGUAUUGCCCAGCCUCCUGCUUCAUUCCACAUCUUUCUCAAAGUUACCCUUCUACCCAAGAGGCUUUCAUUCAUUCAGGCUUUUUAGACUAGUGCCCAGGUGAGGACCAAGAGGCAAAAAAGCAAGAGAAGGCUCACCCUUGUCUUAAACGAGCCCCACCCAAGAGAGGAAAACAAUUGUGGGUCUGGUUCAUCUCCUAAACACAGUGGAGGGCAGGGCUCUCCUAUGGUUUAGGGCUUAAUGAAUGCCAGGUUAAUAAUAAUCAACCAUCUCAAUGGACAAAAUUGUGCAAAGCACAAUUUAAACCACCUCCCUCGGUGCAGCUGAAUGCCGGGAUGCUAUAUUCCCAUCUCCACUGUGUGCUGGGAGGAAUCUGUGAUCCGAAUUGCCUCUUCAAGAAGCGAGGAUCCCACGUACCUCGGCGUGGAUAAAAGCCAAAGCACGGAGCGUGAGAGGGUUUUGCAGCCUCCCCUUGGGAGAAGAUGCUGGCAAGACACCAUCCUGUGGGACAUCAGGGAGUCACAUUCCUACUCAAUGAAACGCUCUGCUGCUACCAGGAAGUCACCUCUGAAACCCUCUUCAGUAAAAUGAGGGGGAAGCAUCCUCUUUCAAAGAAUGCUGACAGAACCUGUCUUGGCAGUAGGGCUGGUGAAAAACUCAAGCUAAGACCAAGCUGGGCAGGAUGUGAGGCUGAAGACAAGGCCAGGAAAUAUCCUUAACCCUGCGGGGUCAAGAGAAAGAUUCCCUCAUCUGUCCUCCUCCCCCCCAGUUGGAAAUUCACUGUAUGCAUGAACUGAGCUCAUCACCAGUCAAAGCCAGCACCUUUUCUGGGCACUGCUGCUCCUGCUAACACACCUUUUGGCUUCCUUCCCACCAUCCAUGUCUGUAGGCCUGGGUUAAUGAAUGCUUGUCAUCAGGUUAUGGGGGGGGUGAGUCACCUGCACUAGGAACCAGUCCCUCCUCCUCCUCUGACAAUCAGGCCACACUUUUGCCUUUCAGUUACCCUCCACCUUCCUUGUACUCCUCAGCCCUGCAGGGAACCCAGAAGCCAGGCCAUCCCCACAUUAAGCCACUGGUCAAUAGUGAGAAAGGAUACAACACAAUGACGUAUAAAGCAGGACUGCCUCAGGACUCAGCUGCUGGGAGGCCCCUAGAGGAAUUUCCAACUCCCUACUACUGGCCCUGGGCGUUGGCAGGAGUGGCUGCCCCGAUCCCAGCAUUCGGAUGCUGCAAUUACCCAAAAGCAUGAAACCCAGCUUCCUACAUGACUGAGUCAGCUAAAAACAAAAACACACCGAGGCUGCCACACACCAGCCCAAGCAGCCAAACCACUAAUCAGAAGCUGGGAGGCACCAGCCUCAGAGAGGGAGCAGCCCCACACCUGCUGGGUGGGAGAAGAGGCCAGAACAGACGGAACAGGGACCCAACUCAAGCCACGGCCUGCCGACACUGGGGGCCACAGAGGCCGUUCCCGUCCAACCUGAGAAGCUCUACGUCUGAUCCACCAGUGCACCCCACAGCCUCUCACUCCAGUAAGUGCUUCUUCCCCUCUGGGGCUUCUCCCCUGAGAUCUUGAGGACCCACGAGGCUUCCUGCCCAGGGCUCCCAGCUCUGCCUUCUCCUCAGUGGGACAUCUUCCCACAACUUUUGGGGGCUUGUCUGCUAUCAAGUGCACCUGUGGCAAGGGCCCUGGGCUGGACAGAGCCACAGGGGCUGCAAGCAGAAGCCCCAAGUGGCCUCUGCCCACAGCCCCAGGUUGUCUCCCCACACCUCCCUGGGGGGGAUUAGCUGCCUCUGAACCUUUGAGAGUCAGCCCUGAGGGCCGCCAAGGUGGCUUGCUUUCCUUAGUCCGAUGGAGACGUGGCGGAAAGGAUCCUUCCGCAACAAUUCUUUCUUCAAACGUCUGAGCCUUGGGAGACCCCGGAGACUCCGACGGCAAGGCAGCGUGCUCAGCCAAGCCAGCACUGCAGGGGGAGACCACGAGGAAUACAGUAACCGGGAGGUCAUCCGAGAGCUUCGAGGGAGGCCGGACGGCCGCCGCCUGCCUUUGUGGGGGGAUGAGCAGCCCAGAUCCACACUGCUGGCCCCACCCAAACCCCCACGCCUCUACCGGGAGAGUUCCAGUUGUCCCAACAUCCUGGAGCCCUCGCCUGCCUAUGCCGCUGCCUACUCAGCCACCCUCCCCUCAGCCAUCUCCCUGACUGGACCACUACACGAGUACUCUGAGGAGGACUCCCUAGAGGCCACGCCCCUCCAGGGGCCACCUUCCGAUGUUACUGACCCCUUCUUCUCCUUCAAAGUGGACCUAGGAAUUUCGCUUCUUGAGGAAGUCCUACAGAUGCUGAGAGAGCAGUUUCCCAGGGACCCAUGGGCCUGAAUGGGAUGAGAGGGAUAGGGCUGGGGGAUAGAAGAGACGAGACUGAGGGGAGAUGGCUGAAUUGCUGACCGAUAAAGGCCACGUCUGUGCUUUAUCCCCACUUGGUGGAGCAGGUGAAAAGGGCAGGGAGAGGGAGAAGAAUCAGCAUCAGCCUCAUCCCAGACUUGAGGAACUGGUCGUCCUCCUCCCACAGGGUGCAGUGGGGCAAGUAAGGAAUGACUUCCUGGACAGGAGGAUGGAGGGAAGGCUAAGGCAGGGUGGGACAGAGAAGCAGCUCCAUCUGACCACAGGACCAAACAAAGCAGGCAGCCAGCAGCGCAGAAGGUGGCAAAGGGAGCAAUCAGGAGAUGUGGGAGGAGCGUGGCGGGGGAAGGAACACAGACAGAGGCCCAAGACCAGCCUUUGAGAAGGCCUAAGGUGAGUGGGCAGGGGGGACAAGACAGGCACUGUGCUAAGUACUGCCCAGGACAGAAGAGAAGGGGAAGGUGGAGAGCUCCACCAAGGGAGAAACAGGGUAAAAAAAUUCAUGGUGUGGAAGCAGCACGUGUACAUGUGUGCAUGUGCUGGGAGGAAAAGGGGGCUCUGAAGCUGGAGGUGAAGGAGGGGCACCGGUGGAGGCAGGAAGAAAGAGAGGGAGAUCCAACAGGGAUGUUUUGUAAAAAACACCAAAUCCUGAGCAAAACACGGGAGCCUGGAAGAGUGCCCCACGACAGCAAUGAACUUGAGUGACUAAAUGGUGAGAUGGGAAGGUCUGGGCAGUGGCAGAUUCAGAGCAGAAGGUCCAACAGGCAAUCCUCAGAAUUACGAGCUUGGAAUCAGCGGCUGCAGAUACUUGGUCAAGGCGCUUGGCACAAGGCUCCCUGGAAGCACCCGUGAAAUAAGGGGGAGGAAGUGAUUCACACUCUCUUCCCAGGGCCUCAGAAAGAAGAGGGGGAGGAAGAACUCCUUGUCAUGGCCCUGGAUGGAGGGAUGGACGCUCGGCUGGCACUUGGCAGAGCUACCGCUGCUCUCACGGUGCCCAGCGAGGACUGAGGAGCUGCCAGCACCUGUCCUGCCAGCUUAAACAGGCUCCUUGGACUUGGGCCACACGACACAGCCCGGGGCCACGGCCGGGGAACUGGAACCAGAGACCGCAGGACAGUCCCCCUCUAAAGCUAGACGGGCCCAAACUGGCUUGUGAAAGAAAGUGAAAGAAAACUUAAAUCCAAGUGACUCCUCCUCAUGUCGUGUGACCUUUCACACUAGUGCCCUAAGCUGAGGGGACCUUUGUGUAUGCCAGAAAUAAUAAAAAUGGACAGGAUUACCACAUCAAGGAUUUACAGGCCAGGGAAUAACGUCCCUUUGUGGAAGGACCCUGGGAUUAUUUUGAAAACAAAUCCUUUCCUUCUUCCAUUUCCCUGUGUGUGUUUGGCACAGAAUCAGUCCCUCUCACUGUUGGGCUGGUAUGGAAUAGCAGAGGUAAUUGACCUGGGGGCUGCCUAAGGAGGAUUGACCUUUGAUCCUUAGGAUACUACUGAGGCCAACCUAUUGAGGGGCACGACCCAUCCAUUCACCAUAGUGUAAGUCCAGGGGACACCAAGGUUGGCCCCAACCUUUCUCUUCUUACUAUUUCCUAGCCCAUCCCAAAUCCUCAGGGCAUUUCCUGAGUUUAGAUACUCCGACCCUAGCAUAUGAUGGGCAGGUUUCAUUCCCUAUAUUAAAUGUAAAUUUCUAGGGCAAGAGAACCAUGGCACUGCUUCCUAUACUCAAAGCAAGAAACACUACCGCAACCACAGGAGCUCAAUGAACGUUCUUUGGCCUCCUCCCAAGAGCAAGAGUUGGGCAAACUAGAGGGAGCUUCUGACUUCCCUCCUGGAUCACUUGCACAUCUAGUUACCAAAGACAUCGUUCCAGGAAAAGGAACCUCAUCUCUUACACAGAAGUCAGUUUAUUCCUCUAAGGCGGUGGUUCUCAAAAUGUGGUCUGGAGACCCUUGAGGUAAAACUUUUUCAUAAUCAUUCUAAGAUGUUUUAAUUCCCAAUAUAGUGAAUAUUGGUAGCUGUUCUGCAAACAAAAGCUCUUUGGGGGGAAGGGAGAAGGUCCUCAGUAAUUUUAAGAGUGGAAAGGUGUCCUGAGACCAAAAAGUUUAAAGAGUGUUAGUCAAGGAGGCACGUGACAAGACAGAGGAGGAAGCAGAUAAGAGGUUCCCUAAGACUCCUGCUCCCUCCCAGCUAGGUCUAAGUCUCAGAUGGAUUACUGCAAUAGCCUCCUCGUUGGUUUUUCUGCCUCAGUUUGCUGCCCUCCCUAAUUCAUCCUCCACACAAC